AUGAUGAGGAAGAUGAAAAUCGAGGAGGCUAAACCAACAAAAAUGGCCUUACAACUGGCAGACCGAUCGUUCAAGUUCCCUCAUGGCAUAGUAGAGGAUUUGUUGGUGAAAGUAGGAGACUUCAUAUUCCCGGCAGAUUUUGUAGUGUUGGACAUGCAGGAGGAUGCCAAAACCUCCAUUAUUCUGGGAAGGCCGUUCUUGGCCACUGCUGGAGCUAUCAUUGAUGUCCAAAAAGGUGAUCUUACCUUGAGAUUGCACAAUGAAAAGAUGACAUUCAAUGUGUUCAAGGCCAUGAGUUACCCACCAGAUCAAUUGGGGGAAUGCAUGAGGUUAGACGCACUUCAAGAAGAAGUGUAG